UGUACAGGAAAAGGAAAGGAAGAUGAGAUGUGCUUCGUCUCAUGCUUUCUUCCUCAUUGCCCUCCUCGGAAUAUUCGCAUGCAUAUUCAAAAAGAUUCUCCGGACGUUUCCGAGGUCGGUCAUCCUAAACCACGUCGUUUCAACAGCGACGCAGCUGAAACUGUCCUCGGAUUGCCUCCUCUUGCACUCUAUCUGCCAUGCAGCCGCCUCCCCCUACAAAUUCAGCCGCUCAAACGUCGCCGGAAUUUCGCCGGAGAACGCCGCAGCUGGGCUCGGCGUAAGGGUUUUCGAGGGGAGAUCCGGCGUAGAGCCGGAAUGCCCGAUUUGUUUGUGCGGCAUAGAAGACGGAGAGGAUGUGAGGGAGUUGAGGUGUGCACAUGUUUUCCACGUGGCUUGUUUGGA